CAUUAAUAUGAAAUUAUCGUGAAUAUUGAUGUGGAGGAGUGGCGCCUCAGCCAGCUGGGCUAACCAGCCAAGGGGUUCCCGGUUUCACAGAGAGGAAAAGUGACAGAAGCCGUGCAGAGGGAGACGCAGAGAGAGCGGAGCGCCCGGCAGUCACCCAGUCUCGGGGGAGCGCUCAGCUCCCCCGCCCCCGGCUCCCACCCAGUCCGGGGGGCUCCUCAAGCCCUCAGCCCCACUCCCGGGCUCCCCAUGGAAGCCAGCUGUGCCCCCGGAGGAGCGGGAGGAGGAGGAGUCGGCUAAAUGCCCGCGGUGCGCCCGGGGCCCCUGAGCCCAGCCAGCUCUGCGCCGCUGCCCUAAGGCCUCCGCGCCCCCCGCGCCCCCUACCCGGGGCCGCGCAGCCUCUGCCCGCCCCUCCCCCGGGGCUCUGCCCGGGACCUGCCCCCCGCCCGCUUGCCAGCGCUCGGGCCGGAGCUCUGGGCCGGGCGCGCCGCCGCCCUGGAGUGAGGGAAGCCCAGCCGAAGGGGGUCUCCGGAGCCUGCUGCGAUGGACGCCGUCUUGGAGCCCUUCCCGGCCGACAGGCUGUUCCCCGGAUCCAGCUUCCUGGACUUGGGGGAUCUGAACGAGUCUGAUUUCCUCAACAAUGCGCACUUCCCUGAGCACCUGGACCACUUUGCAGAGAACAUGGAGGACUUCUCCAACGACCUGUUCAGCAGUUUCUUUGAUGACCCCGUGCUGGACGAGAAGAGCCCUCUACUGGACAUGGAACUGGACUCCCCCACGCCGGGCAUCCAGGCCGAGCACAGCUACUCCCUGAGCGGUGACUCGGCACCUCAGAGCCCCAUUGUGCCCAUCAAGAUGGAGGAUACCACCCAAGAUAUGGAACACGGAGCGUGGGUGCUGGGACACAAACUGUGCUCGGUCAUGGUGAAGCAGGAGCAGAGCCCGGAGCUGCCCAUGGACCCUCUGGCUGCCUCCUCAGCCAUGGCUGCCGCUGCCGCCAUGGCCACCACCCCGCUGCUGGGCCUCAGCCCCCUGACCAGGCUGCCCAUCCCCCACCAGGCCCCGGGAGAGAUGACUCAGCUGCCAGUGAUCAAAGCAGAGCCUCAGGAGGUAAACCAGUUCCUCAAAGUGACACCAGAGGACCUGGUGCAGAUGCCUCCGACGCCCCCCAGCAGCCAUGGCAGCGACAGUGAUGGCUCCCAGAGUCCCCGCUCUCUGCCCCCCUCCAGCCCCAUCCGGCCCAUGGCCCGCUCCUCCACAGCCAUCUCCACCUCCCCGCUCCUCACUGCCCCUCACAAAUUACAGGGGACGUCGGGGCCACUGCUCCUGACGGAGGAGGAAAAGCGCACCCUGAUUGCUGAGGGCUACCCCAUCCCCACGAAACUCCCCCUCACCAAAGCUGAGGAGAAGGCCUUAAAGAGGGUCCGGAGGAAAAUCAAGAACAAGAUCUCGGCCCAGGAGAGCCGCCGUAAGAAGAAGGAGUACGUGGAGUGUCUAGAAAAGAAGGUGGAGACCUUUACAUCGGAGAACAACGAACUGUGGAAGAAGGUGGAGACCCUGGAGAAUGCCAACAGGACCCUGCUCCAGCAGCUGCAGAAACUCCAGACUCUGGUCACCAACAAGAUCUCCAGGCCUUACAAGAUGGCUGCCACCCAGACUGGGACCUGCCUCAUGGUGGCAGCCUUGUGCUUUGUCCUGGUGCUGGGCUCCCUCGUGCCCUGCCUCCCUGAGUUCUCCUCCGGCUCCCAGACUGUGAAGGAAGACCCCAUGGCCACUGACAGCGUCUACACUGCCAGUCAGAUGCCCUCCCGAAGCCUCCUGUUCUAUGAUGAGGGGCCAGGCUCGUGGGAGGAUGGCCGCAGCGCCCUGCUGCCCGUGGAGCCCCCGGAUGGCUGGGAGAUCAAGCCCGGGGGGCCGGCAGAGCAGCGACCCCAGGACCACCUGCAGCAUGACCACCUGGACAGCACCCACGAGACCAGCAAGUACCUGAGUGAGGCCUGGCCCAAGGACGUCGGUGGAAACAGCACCAGUCCUGACUUCUCCCACCCUAAGGAGUGGUUCCACGAGAGGGAUCUGGGCCCCAACACCACCAUCAAACUCUCCUAGGCCGUGCCAAGACCAAGGACACAGGACGUACCCUCUGGCACUCAGAAGAGGGGUUGUCUUACUCACUAACCCGGAUGCGGCUAGUACCCCUGCCCCCUGGGGUCCAUCUUCCCCCCAGCCCACCUUUGCCCCAGAUGUUGACUGGGGCCUCUCCUCUCCCCGCACAUUUGGACUGUCCCCUUAGGCCAACCACUCUGUUCUCACCACCACUCCACAGCCAUCCGUCCUUCUCAGAUAAACCACUCACUGGGUUACCUUUCUCAUAACGACCAACAGGACCACUGCCUCCCUGCCCCAGCCCCGCCACACACACACACACACACACACACACACACACACACACACACACACACACACACACACGUCAACAGACCGACACACACCCCCACCCCUCCCCCCACUGUACAGAGACCAAGAACAGAAAUUGUUUGUAAAUAAUGAACCUUAUUUUUUAUUAUUGCCAAUCCCUAAGAUAUUGUAUUUUACAAGUCUCCCUCCGACCUGCACCCCUCUCUUGUUUUAUAUUUUAUGAAGUUAGUGCGGGCUUUGCUGCUCCCUGGCCCAGGAAGGAGGGUCCCCCCCACCCCUCACCUGGCCUCCCCCUGCCGCUGCCCAAGCACUGGGCCUUUUUAAUUGCCAAACUGCUUCACCCAACAGCUCAGCACAUGCUUUAAGAAGGCAUAAGUAAAAAAAAAAAAAGAUGCAGCAUCAA